AUCUAAUGGAACCACAGUUCGAAAUAAAUCAGACCAUCCAAUUUCAAUUAUGUAAAACCUAAUCAUGUUGGGAAAAUGGAGUUGUAAUGCAUCAUAUCUAUAUCUUAGAUCACCACCAUAUUCACAAAUAGAACACCUAUUUAAUAUGUAGUUCAAACAUCAAAUAACGAGAAGUAAUCACAAUCAUUAAUUCAAGACUCUACCUGAAUGAGCAAUAAAUCAAGGCAAUUAAAUCUAUUACAAAAACACAUCAAGUCUCUUAUAAUAUUGAAUUCUAACGAAUACUCUCAUAAUUAAUUAUGCAAAAGAACGAAGACUAAUUGAUUGAAGAGGUAAACACUCUCAUAAUACUUUAGUUGAAAUCUCUGCUCAAACGAAUCACGCCUGAACAAGUUAUGAAAGAAGAGAAUGGAACCAAGAUCAUUUACACUACUUAUCAAUUUCUAAUUAUGAGAAAACCUUCUAUUCUUAGAAAUUAUCCCUUUGCUCCCACAAAUCUAGUACUUAAACAAAUGAAGAAACUAGUUUAUGCAAUCAAAAAAGAAGUGCUCAAAAAUGUAUAAAUUUAAAUAACAAUUAGUCGAACUUAAUUUAAAUAUAAACACAUUCGAACCAAAAUAUACAUUCCUUUACACAUAUUAAAUUACUAAAGCAAUCACAAAAACUAUCACGUAAGCUGACUCAAAUUUAUGAUGACUCAGAAAAAGAAGAAUAACCUACUGCCUUCUAUGCAAAUUUAUGUAAAAUUUAAUUACUAUAUUCCAAGUACCUAAUAAAUCAGCAUUUAGACCAUAUAAAUCCGAUUCUAUGAAUCAUCAAUUUGAAUAAUUAUCUAUUUAAACUAAACCCUCACCCAAAAUCGAUUAAAUUAAAACUAUCCAUUUCAAACCCAUUAUUAUCUAAGGACUACUGUGUUGA